AUGUUCCCAUUUAUGCUUUUUUCCACUCUGUUUUCUUCCAUAUUCACUGAACCUGGGGAGCCACAUUGGAUCUGCAACUCCUCUGAUUCCAGUGUUUGGUAUACCUAUUGUGAUAACAUGAAAGUUCCUAUUUCAAUAGAUGUUAAACCCUGUAUAGCAUUGAAGGGAAGCAACGGAUAUUUGCAUAUUUACUACAUUCCAAGAAGAGAUAUUAAAAAAUUAUAUUUCAAUCUCUAUAUAUCUUUUCACUCCAUGCAUUUUCCAAUGCGCAAAGAAGUUGUUUGCCAAGGAUCUGAUGAUCUUUAUUCUUUCUGCAGCGCUCUGAAGGGAGAGACUGUGAAUACAACAGUAUACUUCUCCUUCAAGGGAUUACGAUUUUCUAAGGGACAAUACAAAUGUGUUGCAGAAGCCGUCUCUGGAGAUCCUGAAGAAACGCUCUUUUGUUUGAAUUUUACCAUCAUACACCACCCUGAUUUCAAUUAG